CCCAAUCCUCAUCAGGACUUGAUUAAAGUGCGGUGGGGGCUGGGAUCAAAGAGCCGCGCCUCGCCAAGUGUGCGCCAGCUUGCGUGUGUCUCUUUGGAGGGAAACUGACUCUAGCUUAGCCGAGACACUACGGUGGGCUGCAGCGAUCACAAUGGCCGGUGGAAGCUCCCUGGAAGCGGUGAAGAAGAAAAUCAAGUCGUUGCAAGAGCAGGCGGAUGUGGCGGAAGACCGAGCCGCCUCACUGCAGCGGGAAGUCAACCUGGAGAGGAGCGCGAGGGAAGCAGCUGAGGGCGAUGUCGCCUCCCUGAACAGACGCAUCCAGCUGGUUGAGGAGGAGUUGGACCGUGCUCAGGAGCGUCUGGCCACAGCUCUGACCAAGCUGGAGGAGGCUGAGAAGGCUGCAGAUGAGAGCGAGAGAGGCAUGAAGGUUAUUGAGAACAGGGCGAUGAAGGACGAGGAGAAGAUGGAGCUGCAGGAGAUCCAGUUGAAGGAGGCCAAGCACAUUGCUGAGGAGGCUGACCGCAAAUACGAGGAGGUGGCUCGUAAGCUUGUGAUCAUUGAGAGCGAUUUGGAACGUACAGAGGAGCGCGCCGAGCUGUCUGAGAGUAAAUGCGGUGAGCUUGAGGAGGAGCUAAAGACCGUGCAGAACAACCUGAAGUCCCUGGAGGCUCAGGCAGAGAAGUACUCGCAGAAGGAGGACAAGUACGAGGAAGAGAUCAAGGUUCUUACAGACAAGCUGAAGGAGGCUGAGACUCGUGCUGAGUUUGCUGAGAGAUCAGUCGCCAAGCUUGAGAAGACCAUUGAUGACCUAGAGGACCACCUUUACAAGCAGCUUGAGAAAAACCGUCUCCUCACCAACGAGCUACGGGUAGCCCUAAACGAGGCCUGAAGUGGGGAUUCGGGACUUGUUUUGGCUUUAUCCCGUCACAAAUCCUGUCUAGACACAUUUGCCUCAUCAUUUUCUUAAAAAGAGUGCAUACAACCUACACUAAUCAAUGGAUGCUUUUAAUCAGCUGAAGCAAAAACAAUCCUUUUACAGGACUUUUAUUAUGCGUGCUUCAGGAAGGCUUCUUGGAAAGGUCAGACAGACUGUCUAGUAUUUUUCCUCAGUUGUUGUCAUUGCUGUCACAUCAGUUUGAGUCUUCAAAGUACUUGGAAGAAGCUGAGUAGGUUCUUUUGGUUUGUAGCAGUCUUUGACGUACAAUAAUUUCAACAUGGGUGUAUAUUUGGCUUUCUGGUGAAACCUAAAAUGUAAUAUACCUUGGAAUAUUUAAGUGCUUUUGCUCAACUUAGUGUUUCAUAACAAAGACCUGAAUGACAAAAUUCACAGCAGGUUAUUUUUAUUUUAUUUUUUUUCAACUAGUGCUGUCAAAUUAUUACAUUUCUUAAUCAAAUUAAAGUUGCUGUGGAUUAAAAAAAAAUAAAUAAAAUUUUUUUUAAAUUAGCAUGAGCAAAGAGACUCAAGGAAGAGAAUGUAUGUGCACUUUGUGUUGUUUACACCUCUAACAUGUUGGUUACAUAAAAUUUAUUUUUUUCUAAACUAACAUCCAGUUUAAUGUGGACCUGUUGCUACUCCGACCGUUUCUGAUAUCAAUGUGGUAUUUUGAGAUGGAAGUGUUUCGGUUAAGAGUGCAUAUUGUCAGUCGAUAGUUCAGUCAUUUUUUUUUGUGUACUCACAUUUAAUGGGCCAAUGUGCCCAUUAAGUGUCUUCCAUAUCAUCUUGAUUGCUUCUGUAGUCCGUCACUAUCGUUUCAAUUGCUCAUUUGCAACUUGCGGAUAAAACUCAACGGUCAUUAGCCAAUUCCCUGUUGGUAGACUUGUGAUUGGUAGGUACUGUUAAUCAAUUGUUAGGUGUGGUCUUGGUCUCCAAAUAAGCAGCAUGACUAAGAGGACUGUUGAAAUACUAAUUUUAAUAGAGCAGAGAAUAUGUUGGUUGAUUCUUGGAUCACUCACACUUUGUGAAUGUUGUCGCUCAGCUCCUUGUAGAAUAGCACAGAAACCUUAAACAGUUGGACACGUGCUUCAUUCUGAACCUAAAAACCUCUUUAAGUACCGUAGUCUUUGAUGCAGCAUGUAGUUGGACCAAACUGCUUAUUGUAUUGGUUCAGAAUCAGACUAGCUUUGUGUAAUUUGAACUCUGCUGUUAAGAUGGACAUACACUUUAGAAAUUAACUGUUUUUUUUAAAUUCCAGCUCUCACUACACUUGUAAAUCGCCUAUAACAGAAGGUCCUGACUGCUCACACUGUUUAGGGGAUGUUUUUUUCCACUUCAUUCCACUAGGUGUCAGUAGUGCGUGUUUCAAUCUAUUGACAACUGUCAAACUAUUGAAAAAGACCACCUUCCAGCUGUCCGUGGACAGUAAAUGUUAAUUCUGAAAACAAUUUAACGUGCAUUAGGGUUUUAGGAAUUUUGUUGUAACUGCCAAUCAAAUUCCUGACUCGGAAAUUCAUCAGAUUGAGAAAUGCCAUUUUAGAAUGUCCCAAUUUUACUCUGACAGGUCUAAUAUGGACUAAUAUGUUUAUGUUAUGGUCUAAUGUUUCCUCAGCUUUAGUCUGUGACACAUACUGUACAGCUUAUGCUUUAACUUGGCACUCUUACUUUUUUUUAUAUAUAUAUAAAUUGCUGCAGUUUGAGCUCUUUUUCCAAGGUAGGUCAAACUAAUUGGCAAUAGCCCUGCCUUUAGCUGAAAUUCCAAAUAUUAGAUAUAAAUGUUUGACUGCUUGAUCGAUAUGAACACCUUAAAUGUACACACUACUAUACAUUAUUGUCUUUGCUCUCUUUAUUUCUAAAGCUGACAUAAGCUUCCUGUUUGUGCUGGCCCACUGUGUUAACACUGCAAUGCUAUA